AUGUUGACCUUGAGACCGAGCGUCGUCGCAGGAUGCUCGAGUGAUUACAGCAUGUUGCUGAAGUUGUACCCCCUAGGCCUCUGCCGCCUCCAACCUCAUCAAACACAGCAGCAGCGGGGUACCAUCUACUCCAACUCCGGCCUCUGUGGCCCUCCUUGUUGUGGCCAGUCACUCCUUCGCAAAAUCCUGGCUGUCACAGAUAACAACACCCCACCACCAUUGAUUGUCUCUCCUCGUUCCUCCCUUGCGCCCGGUCCAGGCGGACGCAACAAGGUCUCCGAACUCGGCAAAGGCGCCGGCCGUACCAAGCUCUUCUAUCUUGCUAACUCCAUCAAUCCUGCCGAGCUGGCCGACAACCAUCCUGUCAGGAAAGACGACCUUGUCAUUGUCGAGGCUGAUCUCGGCAAGUUUGUACGCGACCAUGUCUUGAUCAAGCAGGUCGUCAAGUUCCAGACCCGGCAGCAGGAACUACUUCAAGACCUGCCGACCAACGGUAUCACCCCACUUUGGGCCCCGCUGCUGGAAUCCUUGACCAUGCUAUUGUCACUGCAACCGCUCUCUCCCGAGUCCCACCAAUACAUAACAGGCCGUUGA